AUGCUGUUGUAUGACCAUUGCCGAGUCGUGGCGGCAGGCGUCACCUUCAUACUUACCGAAUUGCUUUCCAUCAGGUCGAACGAGUCUGGAAGCGCGAUAUUACUGGCGCAAGUAUACUAUUCCUUCUCAAUCGAUACCUUACACCAUUACAAUUUGCAUUCAUCAUCGAUGCGUUCCACAACCCCGGAUGGUCGACAAACCUGUACGAUGCGUUUCUUAUAUGAUCCCUCUGAAAACAACAAGCUCACGGUCUCUAGUUGCGAUCGAAUUGUUUCGUUCGAGGGCUACACUACAGUUGGUCUUGUCGCAGUUUGUGAACUUGUCAUGAUACUUCGUAUUUUCGCAUUAUAUGGCCGCAACUAUUGGAUCCUUGGCUUCCUUCUAGUGGUCUUGGCUGUCCAGAUCAUCAUAUCUUCUUAUGGGCUUUCUUUUGGGACCCGUGUCCCCCUCCCUCCUGGAUUUGUCGGUUGCAUAUUCACCGGUCCACCUAACAAAUCUUUAUUUCCGGCGAUUUGGUAUGCCCCCGCCAUAACAGAUUUCAUUAUCUUCUGCCUCACCCUAUAUCGGACCAUGAAAUUCAUCAGGAACUUAAGGUCAACCACUCCGUUGAUACAUCAGUUCACCCGUGACGGUGUCCUAUACUUCGCUGUCAUUUUCUCGGCCAACAUGAUCAAUGUUAUAAUAUACCAGUUGGCUGUGGAGGACCUUAAAGCAAUUGGUGCAUCGUUCAGCCAAAUGAUCACCUCUGUCAUGGUAUCUCGGCUUGUGUUGAAUCUCCGAGGUGUCGGGGAGCAACCAAGGCCGCGCCCUAAUCUUCGUUCUGCUCAGCAGCCGAAUGACAUCAUGACAAGAACCAUAGGAAAUCUAGGAGAGGAGUUCAGGACCUGGAAGGAGGACAUUUCUUCAGGUUGGUCUCAUUUGGCAACUUCUGGUGCCAGAACACUCGUAGAGGAGGGCAAUGCACUUGAGAUGCAGAUAUUGUCUGAGGAGUGACAUUUUUUCAGUUUACAUGCUUCCAACAUCAGUAAAACAGCAACAGGUUUUUCGGGGCUUUUUUGAGCUUUUUUGUACUUGAACUUCUUUGUGGUUUUUUG